AUGGGAGAUGAAGGUAAAAUAACUGAAUGUGAAGAUUCAGAGCCAUCCACAGGUGUGCAUCACACAGCCUCUUCUGAUGAAGAAACACAGGAGGAGAAAGUUAUGAACUUCAGGAGUAUAGAUGGAAAUGAACCCACAGAAGGAAGUAAUCUACUGAAUAGCCAGGAGAAAAAGCUACAAGAAACACCAAUUGAUUCAAAUAAUUUGCAGAGACUGAGACAGAUAUUUGCUUGCCCUCCACAUGGAUUACUGGAUAAAGUAAUCACAAAUGUGACCAUGGUUGUUCUUGUUUGGGCUGUGGUUUGGUCAGUUACUGGCAGUGAAUGUCUCCCUGGAGGAAACCUAUUUGGAAUUAUAAUCCUGUUCUAUUGUGCCGUCACUGGAGGUAAACUGAUGGGGCUCAUUAAGUUGCCUACAUUACCUCCACUGCCUCCUCUGCUUGGCAUGCUGCUUGCUGGGUUUCUCAUCAGAAAUAUCCCAGUCAUCAGUGAUAAUGUGCAGAUCAAGCACAAGUGGUCUUCCUCUUUGAGAAGCAUAGCCCUGUCUGUUAUAUUGGUUCGUGCUGGCCUUGGACUGGAUUCAAAGGCCCUGAAGAAGCUAAAGGGUGUUUGCGUGAGAUUGUCCAUGGGCCCUUGUCUCAUGGAGGCCUGCACAUCUGCUCUUCUUGCCCACUUCCUAAUGGGCUUACCAUGGCAAUGGGGAUUUAUACUAGGUUUUGUUUUAGGAGCGGUGUCUCCAGCUGUUGUGGUGCCUUCAAUGCUCCUUUUGCAGCGAGGAGGUUAUGGCGUUGAAAAGGGUGUCCCAACCUUACUCAUGGCUGCUGGCAGCUUUGAUGACAUUCUAGCCAUCACUGGCUUCAACACGUGCUUAGGCAUGGCAUUUUCCACAGGCUCUACAAUUUUUAAUGUUCUCAGAGGAGUUUUGGAGGUGGUAAUCGGUGUGGCAACUGGAUCUCUUCUUGGAUUUUUCAUUCAAUAUUUUCCAAGCAGUGACCAGGACAAUCUUGUGUUGAAGAGAGCAUUCCUUGUUUUGGGGUUCUCUGUGCUGGCUGUUUUCAGCAGUGUGUAUUUUGGUUUCCCUGGAUCAGGAGGUCUGUGUACAUUGGUCAUGGCUUUCCUUGCAGGCAUUGGAUGGACAAGCAGAAAGGUAGAGGUUGAAAAAAUGAUUGCAGUUGCCUGGGACAUUUUUCAGCCACUUCUUUUUGGUCUGAUUGGAGCAGAAGUAUCUAUUGCAUCUCUUAGACCAGAAACUGUUGGCCUCUGUGUUGCCACCCUGGGGAUCGCAGUACUGAUAAGAAUUUUUACUACAUUUCUGAUGGUGUGUUUUGCUGGUUUUAACAUAAAGGAAAAGUUAUUUAUUGCUUUUGCAUGGCUUCCAAAGGCCACAGUCCAGGCUGCAAUAGGUUCGGUGGCUUUGGACACAGCAAGAGCACAUGGAGAGAAACAGCUAGAAGAAUAUGGAAUGGAUGUGUUGACGGUAGCAUUUUUGGCCAUCCUCAUUACAGCACCAAUUGGAAGUCUACUUAUUGGUUUUCUGGGCCCCAGACUUCUUCAGAAAGCUGAACAACAACAUAAAGAUGAAGACGUUCAGGGAGAAACUUCUGUACAUGUUUAGAGGUGAACAGAGAAAGUGUUGAAUAUAAUAAUUAGAAAAUUGCUAUUGGAUUGCCCUGUAUCAAGAUGAAAGUUAAAAUAUGUAAUGUUUACUCUUAAUGUGUGUUAUAGAACCA